AUGGCCGCGGUCGGCGAUGGACAAAGCUCCAGGGGCUCCUCGCCCAUGUCUUCUCCGCCACAAGGGCUUUCUGAUACCAUCAGUGUCGCGCCCGCGCAGCCUCAGUUUCUGCGUCCAGGAGAUGUUGCAUUUCCCCAACUUUCUCGUCUACCACAACCACAGCCUGCUACGUCAACUUCUGCAAAUACCACAAAUGGCAACGCCAAGGCCACAUCACAUGAUCCUACNCAAAAGGUCAAACAAACGCGCAAGAGGAGAGAUCCUGAGGUAGUGGCAGCAGAAAAGGCAGAAAAGGCUAAGAAGGCAGCAGAAAAGGCAGAGAAGGCCGCCGAAAAGGCCGCCGCUGCAGAGGCUGCUAAAGAAAAGAAGCCUCGCAAGCCUCGAGAGCCCAAGGAUCUCAAUGCUCCGACAGCUGGCUCGCGUAAGAAACAGAAGACUGAUGCAUCAGCCAAUUCUACGCCUACUGCAAAUCGUCAGCCUACCCUCGGCGACAUGGUUGGUAAAUUCCAGACGCCUCUACCUCCUACUCCAAGUGCACAGCAAACACAGCCUGUACAGAUUAUGAAGAGCGAGGAAAAGAAGCCCAUCGUUGCACCCCCACCAGCUCCUGCACGGCCUGCCUCAAGCGGUCAAAGAUAUGACCCCAUUCGCGCUUCCAUGACCGUGGACCCUUACUCGACACCUGCCCACACUUCGACUGCUUCACUUCAAGUGUCACCACAUGCGCACAGAGCAAGCGCAUCGCCGGCAAUUGCAAGUUUGAUUGACCCUCCUGCUCCAAGCAACACACUCAUGUCACCUCCUGUGGUUCCAUCUGCACCUGCUCAGGUCAAGUCACCUAGCGUUGCUGCUGCCAUGCCGCCUCCUCCCAGCGUCAAUCGUCAAGCUGAAGUUCAACCGACGCCAAACACCCUCGUGAACAACCCACCCCAGCCAAUCUCACAUCCACAACCUGUAGUGAUGGAUGAUGCCAUGGAAAUUGACGCUCACGAUGAGCAAAAGUCAGCACAGAUCGUCACUAAGCCUGCAGACAAAGAAAAGGAAAAGGAGAAUCAAAAACCCGCCGCCAAGUCGUCUUCCGCACCAACACAAAAGGCCAAGCGCGCUUCACCCCCUGCACCUACCGGUAGUGGUCUUCUCUCUGGCAGCGAUAUCUUUGGAGGUCCAUCAGCCGUCACCGAGGACCACAAACGCCAUGGAGUAAACAUUGACAUUGAGAUUCCCCUGAAUCCAGCAGGCAACAACACAAUCAACAUUGCUCAAGAAAUCCUCAAGAAGUAUGGCAAGAAUGCCAUUAACCCUCGUGCCGCAGCACACCGUGAACGUCUCUUACAGGUCGCUGCUGCAGCCAAUCGUUUAGAGCCUGGCACUGGUGACGAUAUCUCUGUCGACCUCAACUCCGAGGCUGAGAACGACAGUAACGUUGAGAUGGGCGGCAUGGAGGAAGAGAAGAAGGGUGAAGACGAACCAAAGAAGCGCCGCCGUAGAAAGGUGGAGGACUACGACAAGGAAGAUGACUUUAUCGACGACACGGAGUUGGCAUGGGAAGAAGGCGCGGCAGUCGCUAAGGAUGGCUUCUUCGUCUAUUCAGGUCCGCUUGUGCCUGAAGGAGAAAAGGCUCAGAUUGAAACUUCAGCACCCUCUGGUCGUGGAAGAGGUCGUGGCCGUGGACGCGGUCGUGGAGGCGCUACUGGUGUCACUCACGCCCAACUCGCCGCAAAGAACGCCGACCCUUCAGCUGCAGCGGCCGCUCCUACCACUGGCAGAGGUCGAGGCCGUGGCCGUGGCACCGGAGCAACUCGCAAGCCACGCAUCACCAAAGCCGACAAGGAAAAGAUGGAAAGCGAGAAGGUGCAACGUGAGCGCCAGGCUGCUGCACUUCCCCAGGCGACCUCUGCCGCAGCUGUCUUCCUCACUCCUGCCACUAUGGCGCAGGUAUAA